AUGUUAUUUGGCAUAAUUCGCUCGCCAGAUCAACAAUUCCCACAACAACAAUUAACAGUUCCUCAAGGAAUUGGGUGCCUAUCAAGUUCGGAGCGAUGUCAAGUACGAAAAAAUGCGCCAACGCGGUUCGAAGAAGAACCGAAGAAGUCCAAACCCCCCCUCGGGUCUAUUCCACCCAGCAACGUCUCGACUCGCCUCGACCCCAAGGAGCAGGUUUUGGUGGCCGUCUCGUGCGACUCGUUCCAGUCCGGUGCCGAGGACACGAACAACGACCGUGUGACGAUUGAGUGGACGAACACCCCCGACGGUGCCGCCAAGCAGUUCCGCCGCGAGUGGUUCCAGGGAGACGGCAUGGUCCGCCGCAAGAACCUCCCCAUCGAGUACAACCCC